GUUCACCCCCUAAUUUUUAAAAGUGAGAGCGUCCUGUCAUUCGCAAGGUCGUCACGGUUCAAAAGUCAACCUUGCCAACGCAACGAGCUCAGGCAAUAGUACGGACCAUACCGUCAAACAUACUGCAGCACAGUUGCCUGUAUCCAUUGCCAGCCUGGUGACCCAGAGGUUACAAUUGUAUCAUUCUGGUUUGUACGUUAGUAAUAUCCUGGGGUGUUUGGCCUGUACGGGGAAAGCUGAGAGAGAUCAGAGGUUACCAAUACCAUAACGGACAGGUACUAUGGAGCUGUACCCAGUAUACCUGUUGUGUUUCCUGUGUCUGGUUCGGACCAGUCUGCAGAAAUCCUGUCACAAGACGCUGUUGGUGUCGUUUGACGGGUGCAGGUGGGAUUUCAUCAACAGGGGAAACACACCAACAUUCGACCGCCUGGCGCGGGAGGGCGUCAGGGCGCCUUACAUCCACGGGACUUUCAUCACUAAGACGUUUCCUUCGCACUGGAGUGUCAUCACAGGGCUUUGGGAGGAGUCCCACGGAAUCACUGCUAACUCCAUGUACGACUCCGUACUCAACCAAACAUUUGUUUUGCGCACCAAAGACCCAGAGUGGUGGGACGUGGGAUCCAUGCCGGUGUGGCAGACGGCCCAGAGUCAGGGUCUGAAGGCGGCAGACCUGUUCUGGCCGGGAGGGGACGUCCUGAUGAACGGGCAGCACGUCAACAUCUACCGCAAGUACAACCAGAGCAUGCCGUUCACGGACCGGGUGGACACGGUAGUUGGCUGGUUUGUGAAAGAGAAUGUCGACUUCGCCACGCUGUACUUCCACCAGCCUGACGAAACUGCGCACAUCCACGGGCCUGACUCACAGAACGUCACGACAAAGAUGGCUGAGCUGGAUGGGGUACUGCAGUACCUUCUACAAAAGGUAGAGGACGCUGGGCUGUCUGACCAACUGAACAUAAUCGUGACAGCUGACCACGGCAUGGCGGAAAUCAGCCGGGACAGGAAGAUACAGAUCUAUAACUAUGUAGACAGGUCACUUAUAUCUAGGAUCCCGGACGCGGGUCCAGUUGCUAACAUCCAACCGGUGGACGGCAAACUACAGGAAGUGUACAACAUCCUGAAGGCCGCCCAUCCCAACAUGACGGUGUACCUACGCGAGGAGGUGCCAGAGCGCAUGCACUACACGCACAACCGCCGCAUCAUGCCCAUAGUCGCCCUGGCGGACGAGGGGUGGGAGGUCAUCCCGUCGGAAUCGGAGGUGACUGACUACAAGUUGAACCUGAAGGGAGCUCACGGCUACGACAACAUGCUCAUGAACAUGAAGCCCAUAUUCCUGGCAAGGGGGCCUCGCUUCAAACGUGGUUACCAGGCAACACCCUUCUACGCAGUGGACAUCUACAAUCUGAUAUGUGAGUUGCUGGGCGUUACCCCUGCCCCUAACAACGGAACCUGGGAACGAGUCAGCGAUCUCUUGGUUCCCUUGUCGGCCGGUGACGUCACCUGUGGUGGUGUUAGCCUGGCAGUGAGCUGGGCGAGCUUGCUGUUGGUGAUAACCUCUCUUAUGUGCUCAACAUUAUUCUGAAGUUAGGUGUUUUCCUGAUUAGAAAUGGUGACAUCAAUCAUGAAAACGAAUUGCCCCACUGUUUUCUCCAUAGACUAGACAUCGGUAUCAGCGUGGGCGCCAUCCUUCGUAGUAACCACUGGCUCAAUUUCACUAGCUUGCUUCGUGCUUUAGGAAGCCAGUGGUUAACACAGAGGAUGGCAUCCAAGCUAAGCAAUAGAACACGUGAUUUUGAAAGGCAGUAACAAUAAAAACUUUUAGAUUCUAGCUUGAAUAGUCUUAUUCGGUCGAUUAAAGU